CUUGAUAAAAGGGCCCUUCCCAUACUAGUACUCCGUACCCAGCACCUCCUCGGCAAAGUACCGUCGAGGUAUAAAUUGGAGAAGCUGACCAACCCAUGAGCACCCCAGACUCUCCGUCAUUCUGACACCUACCCAACACAGAACGAUAAGUGACAACCAUGGCGGAUCCUUUGAAGGUACUCGACGAUGCAAACUGCUACGCCGGCACGUCAUCCGUUUCCCGAAAGAUAUACCCAAUCGCUGGGAUACUUACCACGGUCUACGGUCUUGACGAACUUCCGGAGCAAGCCUCCGAGAUUACCUGUCUCUGGCUGUUGCAUCAUAGAGGGGCAACCCAAGAGCGCAUGGCGGGCAUUGCUAUGACCAUCAUCGCGAACUGGAACGCCACGAUCCACGAUGCUCGUGCCAGUCCCAGCCAACAAGUCAAGGGUCUCAUCGCCGUCGCAUUCGAUCAAAGAAAUCAUGGGACAAGGUUGGUGGAGCCGCUGGCCAACGAAGCAUGGAGACAAGGAAAUCCUCGACAUGCGCAAGAUAUGUUCUCCAUCUUUCAGGGCACCGCACGAGACGUAUCUCUUCUGAUCGACUACCUCCCAUCUUUUGUGUGCCCCCAAUCUGACCGCAAGAUCUCCGAUAACCUGGUGUUGGGGGUCUCUCUGGGUGGGCAUGCAGCAUGGAGCUGCAUUCUGCAUGAACCCCGCAUAAGCGCCGGGGUCAUCGUCAUUGGCUGCCCUGACUACGUAAGUCUUAUGGCGGACCGUGCAAGGCUGUCGAAGUUACCGUCUUGGACAAACAGCGACAUCCCCGGAUCCCAGUUCCUAGGCUCCGAAGCGUUCCCCUCUUCCUUGGUGGAUGCAGUCCGCAAGUAUGACCCGGCGAGCCGGUUUUUGAGCCAUGUGAGUUCGAAGCCAGACAUGGGUUCUCUUCACACCGGGCCAUUACCAGAGCCGACGGAGAGUGAGAAGGCUGCAUUGCGACCACUCCUGGCGCACUGUGUAGCUGGAAAACGCAUUCUUAACCUGUCAGGCGGCAAAGACAAGUUAGUACCAUACCAUCGUGGGGAGGCAUUCUUGACUUGGUGGAAACAGGCGAUUGCUCCAAGUGGUUGGUUUGCGGACGGUGCAGUUACCUUCGAGGAUCUUAUCGAUGACGAUGCCGCCCACGAAAUGACCCCAAAAAUGUUCAUUGAGGCGGUGCGAUUCAUUUAUGAAACCCUGGAAGCCAGUAGCAAUCCACUAGAAAAGGUGGGGUCGGUGCGCGAAUCAAAGAUCUAGAACAUUGCUGCCCGUUGGUGUACUACUGCCGUUUCAUAUAGGUAGAGAGGAUUAGACAUGUCGUUCAAAGAAUCAUCGGGCCAUUAUUGGCCCACUGCAACUAGCAAGGUUUACUGAUAUGCAGAUAAAAGGGCCUUUAGUAGAUCCUGUCACAGGACGAUGCAGC